AUGACCGAUCCAAACCAGCCACAGGGAAUGGAAGACAUGUGUGCGAUAUUCGUCCACGCUGGCGCCGGGUUCCAUUCUUACGAGAACCAGGGGAAACACCUCCUAGCCUGCAAGCAUGCUGUUAGAGCCGGCAUGGUCUUCUUGCGAAAUGGCGCAACUGCUGUCGAUGCUGUCGAAAUGGCCAUCGCCUCCCUUGAGGACGCUCCAAUCACUAAUUGUGGCUACGGUAGCAAUCUCAACGCCGAAGGAAUUGUCGAGGCUGAUGCUUCAAUCGUUGAUCAUUUUGGUCGCAGUGGUGCUGUUGGAGCUGUACCGAACGUCAAGAACCCUAUCAUGGCUGCCCGCAAGAUCUAUGACCAGUCAUACAAGCUCCCAGGAAUGGCCCGGGUCCCGCCCAAUCUCCUCGUGGGAGAAGGAGCCGCCGAUUUUGCCUGGAAUAACGGCGUCGUGCUCGUUACAAACGAUGCUUUGAUUACCCCCUCCACACAAGAGCGCUGGCAAACCUGGAGGCAAGAGAUCUCUGAUUGGGAAGCCACGCAUCCGGAAAGCAAUUCGAAAGGUGACGAGAACCCUUGGAUACGCCGCUGUGUUGAUCCCUUGCAAUAUCACAUCGCACGUACUUUUGGGGACGUCGAUGACCAAGCUAAGGUUCGCGCCGAGCUUUCCUCCAUGCAUGAAGCCGUUGAGACCUCCGAGAUGGAUAUGGAUGCUGCGAGUAGUUCUACUGCAAGCCCUCGACCACGAAACGGCAAGCCACGCCAACACACCUCGGAGGCUGCCCCUCCGAAAGAAGAACCACAGAACCGGAACAACCAGAAACCCGAUUCCACCCAAGAGUCCAAAUUCUCGAGAGAUGCCAUUGGGGGCGAUUCGAUUACAGACACCGUUGGGGCGAUUGCGGUUGAUCGAUACGGAAAUAUUGCGGCAGGUUCCUCAUCGGGGGGCAUCGGCAUGAAGCAUCGUGGCAGGGUUGGUCCUGCGGCAUUGAUUGGAAUCGGGACUCAUGUCAUUCCCGUUGAUCCUGCUGAUCCAGAUCAAACGUGUGUUGCCUCGGUUACUUCAGGCACAGGUGAGCAUAUUGCAUCGACUUUGGCAGCCAGUACCAGCGCAUAUCGGAUCUACUUCUGCCAAAAGGUCAUUGGCAAUGGUGUGUCCGAACAAGUUACCGAAGAGGAGGCGUUAGAAGCCAUGAUUGUCAACGAAUUUAGCGGUCAUCCUGCCCUGCAGAACAACGCGAUAAGAGGCUCGGUUGGUAUUAUGACGGUCAAGAAGACAAAGGAUGGAAUCGCACUUUACUUUGCUCACAACACCGACUCUUUCGCCGUAGCUUCUAUGUCGAGUAACGACAGACUACCUAGCGCUGUAAUGUCGCGCAAGACCAAACGAGACUCUAAAGUUGCGAAUGGUGGAAUGAUGAUGCGACCUCGUCAGUAUAUCCGAGCAUCAAGAACCUCGAAAUCGCCAACGGAGAAAAAAGCGAGAAAGAAGAAGCGCCACUCAAGUGAAAGCCCCUAA